AAGAGAAAUGUGGAGUUGGAGCCCCUACACAGAGUCCCUACUGAGGCACUGCGUAGGGGAGCUGUGAGAGGAGGGCUGCCAUCCUCCAGACCCCAGAAGGGCAGAUCCACUGACAGGUUGCACCGUGAGCCUGGAAAAGCCACAGACACUCAAAGCCAGCCCAUGAAAACAGCCAGGAGGGAGGCUGUACCCUGCAAAGCCACAGGGGUGGGGCUGCCCAAGACCAUAGGAACCCACUUCUUGCAUUAGUGUGACCUGGAUGUGAGACACAGAGUCAAAGGAGAUCAUUCUGGAGCUUUAAAAUUUGACUGCCCCACUGGAUUUCGGACUUGCAUGGGCCCUGUAACCCCUUUGUUUUGGCCAAUUUCUCCCAUUUGGAACAGGAGUAUUUACCCAAUAUCUGUACCCACAUUGUAUCUAGGAAGUAACUAACCUGCUUUUGAUUUUACAGGCUGAUAGGAAGGAAUUUGCCUUGUCUCAGAAGUACCUUUCACCUCCUGCCAUGAUUAUGAGGCCUCCCCAGCCAUGUGGAACUGUGUUGAGAGAGAUACCCUCUCAGACUUUACCCAGCUACCAAGGCAAAAAUGCCAGGAAAACUAUUAAUCAAGAUAUGAUAGUUCCUGUUUGCAACCAGGAGAAGAAAGCAAAGAACACUCAGGAUUAUAAAAGCAGAUAAGACCUACCCACCAGACCUGGUCAGACACAAUGCUGGCGCUCUUGGUUCUGGCAACUGUGGCCCUGGCAUCUGCGGCCCUGGCAUCUGCUCAUCAUGGUGGUGAGCACUUUGAAGGCGAGAAGGUGUUCCGUGUUAACGUUGAAGAUGAAAAUCAUAUUAACAUAAUCCACGAGUUGGCCAGCACGACUCAGAUUGACUUCUGGAAGCCAGAUUCUGUCACACAAAUCAAACCUCACAGUACAGUUGACUUCCAUGUUAAAGCAGAAGAUAUUGUCACUGUGGAGAAUGUUCUAAAGCAGAAUGAACUACCAUACAAGGUACUGAUAAGCAACCUGAGAAAUGUGGUGGAGGCUCAGUUUGAUAGCCGGGUUCGUGCAACAGGACACAGUUAUGAGAAGUACAACAAGUGGGAAACGAUAGAGGCUUGGACUCAACAAGUCGCCACUGAGAAUCCAGCCCUCAUCUCCCGCAGUGUUAUCGGAACCACGUUUGAGGGACGCGCUAUUUACCUUCUCAAGGUUGGCAAAGCUGGACAAAACAAGCCUGCCAUUUUCAUGGACUGUGGUUUCCAUGCCAGAGAGUGGAUUUCUCCUGCAUUCUGCCAGUGGUUUGUAAGAGAGGCUGUUCGUACCUAUGGACAAGAGAUCCAAAUGACAGAGCUUCUUGACAAGUUAGACUUUUAUGUCCUGCCUGUGCUCAAUAUCGAUGGCUACAUCUACACCUGGACCAAGAGCCGAUUGUGGAGAAAGACUCGCUCCACCCAUGCUGGAUCUAGCUGCAUUGGCACAGACCCCAACAGAAAUUUUGAUGCUGGUUGGUGCGAAAUUGGAGCCUCUCAAAACCCCUGUGCCGAAACUUACUGUGGACCUGCUGCAGAGUCUGAAAAGGAGACUAAGGCCCUGGCUGAUUUCAUCCGCAACAACCUCUCUUCCAUCAAGGCAUAUCUGACAAUCCACUCGUACUCCCAAAUGAUGAUCUACCCUUACUCAUAUGCUUACAAACUCGGUGAGAACAAUGCUGAGUUGAAUGCCCUGGCUAAAGCUACUGUGAAAGAACUUGCCUCACUGCACGGCACCAAGUACACAUAUGGCCCGGGAGCUACAACAAUCUAUCCCGCUGCUGGGGGCUCUGACGACUGGGCUUAUGACCAAGGAAUCAGAUAUUCCUUCACCUUUGAACUCCGAGAUACAGGCAGAUAUGGCUUUCUCCUUCCAGAAUCCCAGAUCCGGGCUACCUGCGAGGAGACCUUGCUGGCAAUCAAGUAUGUUGCCAGCUACGUCCUGGAACACCUAUACUAGUUGAGAAAGCUGAUGGCCUUGUUUCAAAAUUCUCAUUUUUCAUUUCUUUUCUUUCUUGAAUUCUUAUUUUGGUUUUCUUGGAUGUUUUACAGAUCCCAAUCUUUCUUUUAAGCCUCUGCAUCUAUUAAACUAGGAAAUCUUUUCAUAUUGAUCAUAAUAAAAGUGAA